AUGUGUGAGAAGGACACAGCUAAACAGAUGGUGGAACUGCAGGAAAACCCUGGUGACCGAGAGAUCCUUAAAGAUUAUAAUUCUGUGAGAUCACUAAGUCACCGCUCUCGAAGACAACUUGUCGACCUUCUCGUCAGUGACAUGAGUGAAACACAUGGACAAAUGCCUUCCCAAAAACAAAAAGAAAGCUAUGCUCUUAGAAUUAUCACACUUUCUUCAUUGAAGGAUCCAUUUUCUCAAAAAGGUUAUACUAAUCUCGCCUCACGACAUUGUGUCGGCCUGUAA